CAUUAUGGAUGUCUGAGAUUCGCGGUAGAGAGAAAUACAAACUAUUUUGGACGUAAUUUUUCCUAGUUCCAGAUAGUGUCUCCCAACAAUAUUUGUGUGCCGAGGACUUUGUGUAGUUGGCUAAACGUACCACCGAUUUAAAUUUCUGUUCUCCCCCUGGGAUAGCGGAUAAGUACCCAGUGUUUUUGACGACCACUUCGGAGAUAGAAAUCCCUGUACAUUGGACUACACAAGUGUAGGCUGGGUGCAGACCAAAACAAACACAUCGGAAUCGAUUCCGGUCCUCUAAUUCCAUAGUGCGAUGACUCCCUUGCCGGGGGUGAUCUGCGCUAAGGUUACCCCCUAUGCUGCUCUUCACUGGAGAAACGCUCGACCGACAAGAUGAGCAUAAUACUCCAUGUUGGCUCUGAGAAGUUCAGCACGCACCCGAUGCCUGCUGGAACAGUUGUGGAUCAACCUGAAUCCCCCAAGGUGCUACCUGAGGAGACCCGCUCUCAUCAACCUCAACAGACCUACCCUGGUUGCUAUGGACUACCAUACCAGGACCAUAAUUAUGGCGCACCUCCGCCACCAACCCCACCACAGUCGCCACCGCCAACCCAAGCAGUCGCACGUGUGCCAACGCCGACUCUAAACCACAUCAAUGGAUCCGUGCUCGAUGUGGAAGAUGGCGAACCUGAGGUCGGGAAGGAGAAAGCGCUCGAGUCGAUAACGGAUACGAUAAAUGAGGUUCUGAACUCGGUGAAUAUUGUCGAGCCGUCUGAGCCGGCCGUGAGUCACACGAUCGAGGAAAUCAGCGCCGAUGACGAUAGCGUCACGCGAUGUAUCUGUGAAUAUUCUCAUGAUGAUGGUUAUAUGAUUUGUUGUGAUAAAUGCAGUGUGUGGCAACAUAUUGACUGUAUGGGCAUUGAUAGGAAUGCCAUCCCUGAUACGUACUACUGUGAAAGAUGUGAACCCAGGCCCGUGGAUGCCGACAAGGCUAGGGAUAUACAGUCACGGAAAAGAGAAUUCUUGUCGGACACAAGUAGCAGUAGCGAGACGGAGAUCGUGACUCGAUACUUGGACACGUCUUCUGGUCUGAACAUCAUCAAGAAAAACGGCAAGAAGUUCCGUAAGAAGAGGAAGGAGAAGGAGAAUGAUAAGCUGCCAAAGGAUGAUGGGGAGUCGGUUAGUGAGCUCCCCCAGGUCAUCAUCAAACCAUUACUUGGACAGAAGAAGAAGAAGUACAAGAAGUUCAAGAAGAAUAAACUCAAGAAUGAGAAUGGCGUCAGCUUGGAUAAGUUGGAGAAGGUUAAGAAGAAAUUGUUAAAGAAGCAGAAAGAGAACGAACAGCACAUUAAGAAGUUAAAGGGGUCAAAACUCAAAGCCAAGAAACUGAAGAUUUCUCGUUUGAAUGAUUAUCAGCCGUCUGCCAAUCUGGUGGCGACACCUUUGAACCACAAUGAGGAUGCCAACCCGGCAUGGGACCGCAUGGACACCGACGCGUGUAAAUAUGUGGAGGCGUUGACCAACAUGUAUACGGCAGACAUCAUGGAGGUCAUCGCCAGUCGGAAGGUCAAUGGGACACAUCCUGAUUCUGUCGAAUUCCGACAGCAGAAAGACCAGCUGCUGUCUCGGCUUGGUUACGUUACACAGGUGCGCUCCGCAACGAGUAUUUAUAGGAAGGGUCUGAAGGCGGCUGAAGACUUGACCCUCAACCAAGCGGUCGUCGAAUACAGAGGCAUGUUCAUGCUGAGACAACAGUUCGAUAAGGAGAAGUUUUUCUGGCAAAAGGGCAUGCCUUUUGUAUUGUUCUACGGCAAAUUGGAUGGACUCGACAUCUGUGUUGAUGCCAGCACAUUUGGAAAUGAAGCCCGGUUUGUGCGGAGAUCCUGUACUCCUAAUGCUGAGGUGCGCCACUUUUUAGAGAACGGCAAACUCCAUUUGCUCAUCUUCUCGCUGAAGGAGAUCACCAAAGGUGCUGAAAUAACCAUUCCGUUUGAUUUCAACUAUCAGGAGUGUAACUACAACGUUGAGUGUGCUUGCUCAAGAAACAACUGUCCUGUUCACAAAUUCUUCAAGAAGUUAGAGUCUAAGAAAGAGAACAACAAACUGAAUAAUGUCAUUGUAAAGCCAUUGAAGAAAAAGAAAUCCAAAUCGUUAGACCACAUUGUUUCUGAUCGCAGUGAAGCAUCUUGUCAGAGUAACAUCCAUGUCGCGAGUGAAGAGAGCAGUGCUGCGGGUCCAGCACAUCUUGGGAAGAGGAAGAGAGUGACGCCGCUGCAGCAGUCAACCAACACAAAUAACAUCAAUACUGUAGAGGAAGUAGCACAAACGACACCAAAACAGCAGCCACCACCACCACCGCCAGCCCCACCACCACCGAAUCACGAUGAGAAUUCCAACAUUGAGAUCGAGGUGGAUGGUCCAUCUGCCUCCCCUGAAGCUGAAGUUGAUCAUGAGGGUGACCACGAGGCUGAUCAUGAAGCCCAUCCGUCUGAGGAUGAGGGGACCAGCCAUGAUAGUAAGAAGAAGACGCGAGAGGAGCGUAAAAUGGAAGCCAUAAUGAAAGCAUUUGAGAAAUUGGAGAAGCGUGAAGAGCGAAGAAAAGAGGCCCUGGCUCGGCUCGACCAUGGACAAGUCAGGAAGGAUGGCAAAAGGGGCGACGACUCUGAUGAUGAUGACUGCAAGGAAGACGUUAAGAUGGUCGCUCCGAAAAGCGGCAAGGAACAUAAGGAAAAAGUCGCUGAGGAGGUCAAGGUGAAGGUCGAGAGAGAAGAGGUGAAGGAGUCGCCGGUCAAGGUCAAGAUUGAAGAGCCGCCACCGCCUCCACCAGAGGUCAAGGUCAAAGAGGAGGUGGAGAGGCCCAGGUUGGAGAAGCCGAAGCACAAGGGGAAGAAGGGCAAGAAGAGUACCCUGACGCCGGCCAGACGGCGAAGCCGUGUGAGCAGCCUCUGUUCCUCCGUCUCGGAGAACGUGGUCUCACCGGAUGAGUCGAGUAACUCAACAAUCACCAGUACUCCAUGUACCCCACUGCCAUCAGAUCCAACAAUCAACCCAUUUGGCCAAGCUUUCAAGUUCCCAAAGACAAAAAAGCAUCUUAUGAACGAGUGGCUGACAGAGAAGGGCCAGGAUGUGAACAAACCUCUCAGCAUAAAAACAGAUCUUGAAGUGCCAAAAGACGAGACGAUGUUUGUGAAGUAUUUACCGAGUCCUCACAGUAAUCUCAGUCACAUGCGACGAAACAGUACGAACACCACCCCGGUGGCCUCGGCGACCGUCACCACCAAGACGAGCUCGCUGGGCCAGAGUAUGGGGUCGGCGAAGAAACGCUGGCUGCGGCAGGCCAUGUUUGAGACGGAUUCAGAUACGUCAUCUUCGAUUCCUAAUGGUGGAAGUCUGAGCCCGAAUUGCACCAUCCCGAGUCCAUCACAGUCGCCUGUCAUUGACUUUGUAACUCCGCUAAAGAAGCGUCGCCUGGCGUGGCGCGAGUCGCAAGAUGGCGCGUUCCCUCCAACUCCGUCCACCCCGUCGUCAGAUUUCGCGCCUCCGCUCGACACGCCGUCAUCCAUUAUCAAUCGAUCAAUGAGCCUUGAUGAAUCUAAGCUUCGCAAUGGGUUCAGCAGAGUCGCCUUUUCACCUAUGACUCCAGUCACACCUGGCGUCAAUCUGUUCGAAAAAAUUGGUGCAUUAUCAAGUAACACGGAUAUGCCGGGUUAUAAUAAACAGGAAUCGAUGGAGAGUGACGUUUCAGAAUCUUUAUUGAGCCCACAUCGGGAGAGGCGACUUACGGGAGAAAGUGACUCUGAUAGCUUGUUGCAGCCGGAUGUUAUGCCGCAAGAUUCUGUUAAUAGUUGUGUGAAUUCGGCGUCGUGUGCGGGAUUGGACAAUAUGGCGAGUGACGUGGCAAUGGCUGAGGCAGAGCCAAGCCCGUCGGGCAGUGUAGAUACAGUGACGAUGAGAGUAAACGAUGUGUUAGUUAGUAAUUUAUCGAUGACGGGAUGUGCAAAUAUGGAGGCAGAGAAAGAGAAGAUGGAGGAAUGUGAUACCAGCGGAGGAUUGGAGGAUAGUGCGUUGAAGCGGAGGAGCUUGGAGGUGGUUGCGGAGUCACAGGGUGCUGAAGUCGAUACAGACAAUUCUAGAGUUGAAGCCAGUGGCUCUUCCAAACAUUUGAAUAAUGAUUUUCCUUCAGUGGUGGAUUCGACGCCAAGCGAGCCUAGCGUACAAAAUGUGCUUGUUGAUUCUCAAGGGGAGCUUUCGAAUUGUGAUGCGGACACUAAGUGUGAGAGCUCGGUUGAACCGAUGGAAGUUUGCAGUGCUAGUGUUUCCUUGGUGACCAAUAGCGAUGAGAAAAUCAGUGGGAAUGCUGAUUCGACCGACAAUCGGGUUGGUUUGUCUCGACCUGAACGGGUGGCGACGUCAGAACAGACUGUUUCUUGUAGCAAUGGUGGGUCAAACAAGAAUAGUUCUGAGAGUGUUGGAGGGAUGGAUUCGACGGAGCCGACACCUGGUGUGUCUGGUGUGAUUACCAGGAAGAAAGAGGACGAUAGUGUUUCGAGCAGUGGCUCAACUCUUGAGGAGGGGGAGAUCUGUGACAGUGACGAAGAACACCAUAAUGAGGUGAUAGUGAGUGAUUCAUCGCAGGUACCGGAAUCGCAAGGCUUCGAGUAUGAAGUGAGUGAAUCUGAUGCUCGUGACGUCAGAACGGACAAUGUCGUGGACACGUCCACACACCAGGACACUGCCAGUACGACCAAUCCUGAUCAAUCGCAACAGGAUCAGCCGAAUCAUUCUCUCCAAGCUGAUUCGACGUCGGGGAUACCUGAUCAUAAAGACAAUGAUGCCACGAAUAACAUCACGUCGAGUACGGUAUCUGAUUCUGACGGAGCGGUAGAACUCAAUUCUCAAGUAUCGACCACGGAUAAUAUGGACAAUUCAGUGGUUGACACUGCCAGCUCGUCGCAAAUGGCGUCGAGCUCGACCUGUUUCAUUUCAUCAUCCCAUGCGUCAUCGUUGUCUACGACGACGAUGAGUGCGGAUAGUUCGCCGAGUAAUAGCAACAUUGGUUCAUCGUAUUCACCUCUGGCCGGGUCGCAACUCACAACGAGACCAACAGGUGUCGCCUCAUCUACUCAUUCUCCGAUACGGUCGAUGUUUGAUCAGCCGUCGUCGACGUCGGGGCCUUCACCACCUGGCAGUGCAUCUGCAGCAUCUCAUAGUCCGAUUCAGCAACAGAAAAAAAAGGUGUCUUUAUUGGAAUAUCGUAAACGCAUGAAGGAGAAGAGUACUGGUAGCUCAUGCAAUAGCGCCAGCUCGACACCUACCAAGACUCCGACGUCAAUCUCGUUUGGCUCACCAAGGGUCACCACACCCACGGUCAGCCUGGCCCCACUCCCCCUCUUUGAGUCGUCCAGUCCUGGCGACGUGGAGCGGUCACCAUUUAGAGACCCAGCAGAUGCCAAAUGGAGCCAGCCAACCUCAGUGGAGCGUGUACGAGAGCAGAGCCUGGCGGAGAGGUUGAAGCGCGAAUUUGGAGUUGAUGCUGACGACGACGAUGAUGAGAAGAAAAGUGAGUGUCAAGCGAGGCGGAGACUCCCGACCACACCCCCACCCCCACCACCACCGAGCAGCCUCAGUAGCCUAUCCCGUGGGUCACUCUCAGCAGUGGUGCCACACGGUGUGAAACUGCCGUUAACAGAUGAAUCACCGAGCACAAGCAAUGCUGAGCUCUUGAAGGCCGUCAAUCCAGAAAUCCUCAAGGCUGUCGCUGCUGUCUUCAAGGGCGCCCAGAUCUCAAACAAACCAAGGCCGUCUCUCGGCUUGCCUCCCGGUCCCCAGCCGGUUCCUCCCACGUCGCUGGCCCAGGCGAUCGCAGGGGCCAACGGUACCCGGUCACCCGCACAAGCCAAGCUACCAUCGCUCAUGUCAAUGCAGACGUUUACCCAAGGCGCACAGGCUCAACCGCAGUUCAACAACUUCCAAACCAACGGAGGCCCAGUUCCUAACCAGCCGUUCCCACAGACACCCCCAAUUCACCAGCCACAAUCGUUCAACCAGAACCUAGGUCCUUUCUCUGCCGGACCAGCCCAGGCCCCCGGGGCUGCGUCAUCAUUCUCACCUGCCACUCCACCAGUCAAGUACCCAACCCAGGCACCGUCAUUCAACCAGAACCAAGCAUUCAACGGACAGCAGAACGCCUCAUUUCCGCCAGCUUCGUCUACGACACAACCAGGACAGGACCAAGGAUUUCAGGGUCAAACUUUCCAACCUAACUUCCCACAGGGACAGUUUGGGCCGAAUAACUUCAACCAGCAGCAGCAGUUCGGGCCAAAUUCGGGCCAGUUUGGAGCACCGCCUCAAAAUGGACAAAUGGUGCCUCCGACAAGUAGUUCUGGCCCGCCGCAGGGCUGGCAGAGUUAUAAUAACUUUAAUAAUCAGUCGCAAGUACCACCACCACCACCUCCCCAGAAGAACUCGUCAGGAUACACGAAACAAAAAUAUCGUAAAAAUAGCGGUGGGUUUUCGCGUGAUCGGUCUCACCACGGUCAUCGCGACUGAAGCGUCAUUGUAAAUAUUCUCAUUGUACAUAAUACCAGUUGGUAGAUAUUUCAUCGUCAUUGCAUUUUGUCAUGCAACGGUAAAGAGGAAAAGAUUGUAUGGUUAAAGGACUGGGUCCUUAUUUGAUAACUCCCGUCAAGGGCUUGGCUUGGAUAUGUUGGAAGGGUGAGAAACUAUUUCAAGAAAACUGUAUGAAAUCAUAGAAGACCUGAAACAUGUGAACUUCUGUGAGGGAUUCUGACAGCCUUUUCUGUGGCGUCACUCUGCUUGAAGGUUUUUGGGGGCAUACAUUACUAAAAUGUUCUGAUAAGUGUUACUGGUCUUUCGUCUAGCUUCCAGGCAGAUAAGUCAUGUCGACUAAACGUCGUGCAGAGCCUGGCUGUAAAUAUGGCCUGGGCAGUUUGUUACACUUGAAAGAAAGCCAACAAUUUCAUCACUUGACUUUUUAAGUGGGACACGUUUCACCUCUAAAAACUGAUCUAAGUCAGUUCUGGAAUAGACAGAUGAUGAAACAGGAAUUUUGUUUGUCAAAUAUGAUUUCGAGUUUCACCUAUGACGAACUUCCUUCUUUGUUGUACAUAUAAAGUUUGAUAAUGUCCCUGGUUGUCGCGAUUUCACCAAAGCUUCCAUCAUGUAGCAAGUUAAUUCCUGUAGUAAUCAUCCUGGAUUCUCAGUAACUCUUUCCUCGAGGAAGAGGACCUCUAAAACAUAGAUAAAACAGAAGAAAAGCUGAGGAUCGCAUAUUGAUAAAUGGUUCGAGGUUUUGGACGGUUGGCGUUGCUGUUCGUUGACGAGAAUGUUUAGUGUUGUACUCAUCAUUUAGUUGAAAUUUACCAUUUUUCUACGCAUUUGUUCAAGAGAUAUUCUUUAGUCGAGUUGAAUAAGGGUGUCUACCGCGCAUGUGUCAGUAUGUCAUUGGCAUCAUCAUUACUGUAAACAUGCUAACUUUGCCACCUCUUGAAAUAGCCUCCACUAGACGGAUCCAGAUAUUUAAAGGGGUGGCAAAGUUCUCGCCAUGAGCUUGGUUUACCUUGACACCCCAGUUUCCCUAAAUAGACCCCUCCAGUUAAUGUACUAGGAGAGUCUAUUAUGGAAAUUAGGGUUGUAAAAGUUGGUCUGGCAGUUGGCAAAUGGAAAUUGAAGCUUCAUUUUGAAGUUGUCUUGGGAAGAAUGUUUUGCAGACACUAGAUAGAUUUGGAUAAAAAAACAUUUUUCUUUGUGUCUUUGAUUGGGUAACGUUUCGAUCUUAAACAAAUUAUUCGAGGUGUGUCCAAUCCAGAUCUAUAUGCUCAGUAGUGCCGUGCUUUUUGCGACACAUGAUGUUUUAGAUUCAUCUUUUGUACAGUGAAGUGUCGCAGUAUUGUGAAAUAGUUAAAAGACAAAUAGCUGGAAUAGAUUAGUGUACAGACGGUAGUUCGUUUUGUAUUAAUUGGCAUUGUAUCAUUGAAUGCCACUUUCUCUUUUUUGAGUGCGACGUGUCUGUGGAAUUCGUUUCAAAUCCGGGAGGUCACAGAGUUCAGGAACUCUCCGAAUGUUUACAUCAGUUGGAAGUAAGUCAUGACCCUCUCUAUUAAGGACACCCUUGUACUGAUAAAUGCUGUCCCUAAUAUGGAAGUGUCUUGAUCACUAAGGUCAAUUUGCGUAAAAACUACCAAUUUGGGACCAGCGUAUGUCCCUAGUGGGAGGUUGUCCUGUAAAGAGAGGUUCCACUGUACAUGUAAUGGAUUGAGUCAAUUGUAAAAGGUCAGGACAGCACCUAACCAGUUUUACAGUAAGAAAAAAGCAAAACUUAAAGUGAAGCAUGGGAGUGCUUUCAUUUUGAAGUGUUGUUGAAUUCACAGUGUUCCUGAAUUCUGAGUGUUCCGGGGCUGAUUUUCAGUUGUGCAUUGAGCGCUGCAUAGAUAUGAUAACUAGCAUAGCUAGGCUCAUGUGCCAAUUGGUCUUAGAUUAUGCUCGAGUCUUUAUUUUUUCAUAACCGCUGUAAAUACAUGACUUACUUAUGCUGUACAAAAGCGAGUACUUUUAGAAAUAAUACAUUUUGUGUAAAAUAAAACUAUU